AUGCGACGUAAAGACUCAGCAAUGGAUGUUAGAGGGAUUUCUCCCAAUCAAGAAAAAACUGGGGAACCUGCGAGGGACAGACUUAACCUCACCGUCCUGGGUGUGUGCACUGGCACUGGGUUGGGCCAUCUCGAUUGCGCGUUAGUUCAGUUCGGUCAGAACAGUCCCUCCGCUCCGCUACGCGUGAAACUUCAACAGUUCGACCAAAUACCCAUUCCCGCGUCAGUGAGAGACCCUGUCGUAAACUAUCUUCGAUCCGGCCGACACAAAUCUAAGCCAGCACCACACCUCGAGGACCUGCUAGGUCGGUUAUUCUCCAGCGGUAUCAAGGCUUUUUGUCGCAAAAAUGCCCUCGAAGCUGCUUCCAUCGACCUUGUCGGCACUCACAGCAAUGUGUUGAGACUCCUGAAUACACGGGCGAACUCGGAUGGCGUGCGAGAGCACCCAGUUCAUUGGAACGCGAUCGUAACCUCAGAGACUGGUAUCAGUACCGUUUUUGACUUUACAACAAUCGAGCGUGGAGUCGUUCGGCGUCAUAUACACCCCACCUCCUAUGUCGACAGGCUCUUCUUACGGCACCCCACCAAAUUCCGUGUCUGCCUCAACAUCGACGAACUUGCGAACCUAAGUUUCAUACCUGCACACGGCGACGAUGGCGCACGCGCAACGAUAUCUCGGGAUUGUGGGCCCGGCAGUCUCUUCAUCGACUAUGCCAUCCGCUAUUGCACAUCCAACGAUCAAUCAGAAGAUCAUGAUGGGAAGAUGGGAUCAUUGGGAAAAGUUAAUCAAGACAUCGUAGACCGAUACCUCGACGCGCACGAUCCUUUUCGCCAGCUGCCUCCCAUAAGCAUAGCCACCGAGAUGUUUGGCGACCACGAAGCACAACAACUCAUCGAUGAAUGUCUGUACAGCAGCAUGUCCGAAGCAGACACAAUCGCGACCAUUACACGGAUAACCGCACAGAACAUAUUGAAGCAGUACCAGCGCCUGCUCGAACUCUUCUUCCCCCCAGGCCAGGAAGUCGACGAACUCUUCAUCUGCGGCCCCAGUGCGCGAAAUUCCAAUAUCAUCGACUACCUCGAAGCCGGAUUCCCCGAGGGCGUCAUCACUAAGCCGCUGCACGAUAUCGGCAUACCAGGCGACGCACAUGAAGCUGUUUGCUACGCACAUCUCGCGCUUGAAGCAGUGCUUAGCCAGGCCACGCAGGCUGCUGGCACGCCUCCGGCGCCCAGCUCGGCGUAUCCGAAUGCGGAUGCCGUCAGAGCGAGGGUCGUGCCGGGUCGGCGGUGGAAUGAGUUGCUGAGCCAUGUGCUGGAGUUUAGCGGUGGGCAGAGGCUAUAUUUCGCGACGAAUGUGCGUAUAGCGGGCAGUUUUGAGGCUGCCGUGUGA